AUGUCUCCCACUAAAGGAAAACACAUCCUGGGCGCAAACCGGGGGCCAUUGCUCACCCAUGGUGACGACAGCUCUCAGGGGCUCGAGAAAGUCGAGUCGUCUGGAGGCCUUUCAUUACACAGAACUCCGACGCGAACGGAGAAGCUGCGCCGACACUGGAAGCGAUUUUGGUUGAUUUAUUGUGUUGGCAAUGUUAUUUUUCUCGCGAUUCUCCUUCCUGUCUUCUUCCUCGUCGCGAUUCCUGCGAUCGCGCAAUUGGUCGUCAACAAAUCCGACAUUGUACUCGUCAAUGCGGUCGUGAAUGACCCGCAGCCAAAUUCGACCAUGUUAACUUUGCAAACCAAGGUGGAUUUGAAGAUCGCGCUCGCUGCGCGCAUUGAAGCUGUUACUUUCCACCUCUUCCAACGAGACUACGGCGUCGAUGAGGCGUAUGCAGACAUCGAUAUCCCGGGUCAGACUAUCAAGGGCAACCACACUCUGGGUAUCGAGAAUGUCCACACUCCGAUCUUGAACCAGAAAGCCUGGAAGGAAUUCGUUCGACAAGUCGUUUUCCAAGAGUCGGUUUCCCUCGCUCUUGAUGGUUGGACAAAUGCCUACCUGGGAGUCCUCAAGUCGCACGUUCAUCUCGAUAAGAAUGUGGUUACACCAGGGUUGAAUCAGUUCGAUGGAUUUGCAAUCUCCGACGCGACCCUCCUACUCCCGGCCGAAGACGACGGCACGAACCUCAUCGGCAACGUUACCCUUCCAAACCCGACCGUUAUCAGCUUAGAGGUCGGAACACUCGUCUUAGAUGUCAAGAGUGCUAACGUUACCAUCGGAAACGUGACGAUCGACGAUGUUAUCCUUAAACCGGGCGACAAUGUCUUCCCAAUGAAGGGCAUCCUCGAUAUCCGAACAAUCUUCAAAAAUCUCGGUGAUGUUCUUAAGGCCCAAGCUAGCGCUCUGAAGAAUGGAUCAUUGGCCAUAGACUCAAUCGCCAAGUCUGUCGAAUGGAAGGGCACACCUGUCGAUUACUACGCCGAUAUCCUGAAGACUCUUACCUUGUCAACCGAGAUCCCCCUUGGCGACACUAUAAAGAAUACGCUCAAGAAUCUGCUUCAUGGGAAGAACCUGACAAGUGCGCUGUCAGGUCUCAUAGGUGAUAGCAAUAGUUCAAUUUUGUCGAGGUCUGUGGGCGAUAAGGAGCGUCGUGGCCCGGUUGACCUGGCGCCCUUCCUGAAGGAAAAUCGCCAUGUGCAAGACUUCUUCGGCGAUAUUGACGCGGAUCAGCGGGAUACAUUUAUUAAUGCGGUAGCUGCAGCCUACUCGAAUCUCUAA